AUGGCACAAGUCCCCCUCCUGCGCAUGCGCAGUUUCCACGACCCGGAAAACUACAACGCCCGGCGUGCUUUGCGGCACUUACACGCGGCCGUGGGUGGGGGUGGUGAAGUGCAGCUACCCCAGGAGGCCCGGGGGGUAGGGGGGGGUGUGCGGCAGGAGGCAACCCUGUGCCGACCGCGGCGCCCAGGAGCCGCCCCACUGGGGCCGAGGCGAGCCGGGAGUGGCCCCGUCACCCGGCUGCAGCCAGGGGCCACUUCGGAGGAGGAGCUCCAGCGGCCCCGCAAUGGCCUGCAGCUGCCACCACGGGGAGGAGGGGGGGGUGGCAAGCGGCGCAACAGCUGCAAUGCCGGCUUCAAGCACCCAGCCUCCAAGCGGCGCCGGCGCAUGACCUCGGAGUGUGACCCGGUGCUGCCCUCUGAGUUCCUCCUGGGGGGCAACAUAUUCGACCCCCUCAACCUCAACAGCCUCCUGGAUGAGGAGGUCAACCGGGCCCUCAAUGCUGAGACCCCCAAAUCGUCGCCGCUGCCAGCCCGGGGCCGUGACCCUGUGGAGAUCCUCAUCCCCCGUGACAUCACAGACCCCCUAAGCCUCAAUGCUGACGGCGAUGCUGGGCCACUCCUGGCCUCGCCUGCCAAGGCAGGGCGCCGGCGGCACCGGCACCGGGCAGCGCAGCGGGCUGGCCACGAGGCAAAAGGGGCCACACCCCAGCCCUACGAACUCAACACAGCGAUCAAUUCGCGGGAUGACGUGCCCCAGCUCCCAUCUGCUGGCACUGGGGAGGCGAUCCUGUGCCCUGCACCGCCCUCAGUUGCUGCUUCCUCCUCCUCUUCCCGUCACCACCGCAAGCGCCGCCGGACUUGCAGCAAGUCAGAGGGGGCGAAAGCGGGGGGCAAAGGCAGCCCUGAGCGAGGCCGCGGGGCCGGCAAGGGGCGGCGCCAGCAGCAGCGGCGGUUCCAGUACGGCAACUACUGCAAGUACUACGGCUACCGCAACCCAGGCUGCGAGGACACCCGUCUGCGGGUGCUCAAGGAGGAAUGGUUCCGGGGCAAGGAGGUGUUGGACGUGGGCUGCAACGUGGGGCACCUGACCCUCAGCAUUGCCCGGCACCUGGGCCCAGCCCGGAUCGUGGGCCUGGAUAUCGACAGUGCACUGGUGCAUUCGGCCCGCCAGAACAUCCGCCACUACCUGUCCGAGGAGAUGGAGCGGCCGGGCCGGGGGGCUGGGGCUGGGGAGAGUGGCCCUCUGGCUAAGCCCCCUGGCUUCCCCCUGUCGCUCAUGGCCAGCCGUGGGCCCAUCGCUGCCCCCCGCGUGCCUGAGGCUGGCGCCGACGCCACCACCUUCCCCAACAACGUCAUCUUUGUGCGGGGCAACUAUGUUCUGGGCCGGGACGAGCUGGUGGCAGCGCAGCGCCCCGAGUACGAUGUGGUGCUGUGCCUCAGCCUCACUAAGUGGGUGCACCUCAACUGGGGUGAUGAGGGCCUCAAGCGCCUCUUCAAGCGCACCUUCCGCCACUUGCGGCCUGGUGGCGUCCUGGUCCUCGAGCCCCAGCCUUGGUCCUCAUAUGGCAAGCGCAAGGGCCUCACGGAGACAACGUACAGAAACUACUACCGGAUCCGGCUGAAGCCGGAGCAGUUCCCGGCCUACCUCACCUCACCUGAGGUUGGCUUCACCAGCUACGAGCUUGUGGCCACACCCCACAACACCUCCAAGGGGUUUCAGCGGCCUGUUUAUCUCUUCCACAAAGCAGCUGCCCAGUGAACCGUGGCACCAGAGGGGCUUUGAGCGUGCCCGUGUGUCUCCACCCCCCUGGAACAGAACUUACUGGGUUGUGGCUGGGGGGUCUGGCUGCCCUGCCCCCCCCCACUGCUGAAGAGGAGGGAUCCACCUGGUGCCAAGGCCUCAGUGACUCCUACUCCUCCCACCCCCCUAGCCUGGGGGAGGGGGGGGCUUGUGCUCAGUGGGAGGAGUUUGUGCCCCCCAUUUUUAACCCUUAAAGCUCCUCUGCCUUGGGCAGCUGCCGGGAGGGAGCCUACCCAUUUGGUUUUUUUGUUUGUUUUGUUCCCCCCCCACCCCCAUCUUCCCCACCAGGGGCUGCCCCCUUGCUGGACUUGGACUCUGCUGGGACAAAUAGAUGCUCCUGCCCCACGCAGGGCAGGCUGGGACUGUGCGGGGAGGGGGAUCUGUGCUCCCACACCCAGACAGAGACUGGCGGGGUGUGGGUGACUUUGAGAACUGCCGAUUCUUCUAUAUAAAGCUCUAUAUGAACAA